GAUAUUAUCCUUAUAUAUGAAAAUCAGCUUCUAUUUUUAUUCAAGAAACUAUCUGUCUUGAAACUCAAUCAUGGCAUGUUCACUACCUCCAAUUCCUGGGAUAUCACUCACCAACCCAACAUUGUCCAAAACCAGAAGGUUAUCAUCUUCACAUUAUUCCAUCUCCAAAAAGCCCAGAGCCAUGGCCAAAGAAGUUUACUUCAACCAUGAUGGUUCUGCCACUAAGAAGCUUCAGACUGGUGUGGAUAAAGUGGCAGAGCUGAUUGGGGUUACAUUGGGUCCAAAGGGGAGAAAUGUGGUGCUUCAGAAUAAGUAUGGACCCCCCAAGAUUGUUAAUGAUGGAGAAACUGUUCUCAAACAGAUUGAGUUGGAGGAUCCAUUGGAGAAUGUUGGAGUUAAAUUAGUGAGGCAAGCUGGUGCAAAAACAAAUGAUCUUGCUGGUGAUGGUUGCACUACAUCUAUAGUUCUUGCUCAUGGUUUAAUUACAGAAGGUGUGAAGGUAGUUUCAGCUGGAAUGAAUCCAAUUCAAAUUGCCCGUGGGAUUGAGAAGACGGCAAAUGCCCUUGUUUCUGAACUCAAAUUGAUAUCCAGAGAGGUUGAGGAUCAUGAACUUGCACAUGUUGCUGCUGUUAGUGCUGGAAAUGAUUAUGCAGUAGGAAAGAUGAUCUCUGAUGCUAUUCAACAAGUUGGAAGGAAGGGUGUAGUCAAAAUUGAAAAAGGAAAAGGUACUGAGAACAGUCUAGAGAUGGUAGAAGGAAUGCAGUUCGAACGAGGAUAUUUGUCUCCUUACUUUGUCACUGAUCGAGAUAAGAUGAUUGUUGAGUUCCACAAUUGCAAGUUCCUAUUGGUUGACAAGAAAAUCACAAAUCCGAAAGAGAUGUUUAAAAUAUUGGACAGCGCUGUUAAAGAGAAGUACCCAGUCGUGAUAGUUGCGGAGGAUAUUGAGAAGGAAGCUCUUGCUCCGGUCAUUAGGAACAAACUCAAGGGUGUGCUGAAGGCAGCUGCUAUUAAGGCCCCAGCCUUUGGUGAGCGCAAGAGGCACUGCUUGGAAGAUAUUGCUAUCUUGACUGGAGGCACUGUGAUCAGAGAUGACAUGGGUAUAACACUAGAUAGGGUUGGGAAGGAAGUUCUGGGUACUGCUACUAAGGUUGUGAUAACCAAGGAUUCUACCUACAUAGUUAGUGAUGGUAGUACGCGAGAAUCUGUUCAGAAAAGAGUUUCUCAGAUACAAAAUCUGGUUGAGAACACAGAAGAAAAUUUUCAAAAGAAGAUACUCAAUGAAAGAAUUGCCAGAUUAUCAGGAGGAAUUGCUAUUCUUCAGGUUGGAGCACAAACACAAGUUGAAUUGAAAGACAAACAACUCAGAAUUGAAGAUGCUUUGAAUGCAACUAAGGCAGCUAUUGAGGAAGGCGUUGUAGUUGGAGGUGGUUGUAUCCUCUUGCGGCUAUCUGAGAAGGUGGAUAGCAUAAAAAACCUGUUGGAUAAUCAAGAACAAAAGAUAGGAGCUGAGAUCUUCAAGAGAGCAUUAAGCUAUCCAACAAAACUAAUUGCCAAAAAUGCUGGUGUUAAUGGGAGUGUUGUUGUGGAGAAGGUCUUAUCGAACAAUGAUACAAGAUACGGGUACAAUGCCGCAAGGAACUCUUACGAGGAUUUGAUUAAAGCUGGAAUUAUGGAUCCAACAAAGGUAGUUCGAUGUUGUUUGGAGCAUGCAGCAUCGGUGGCCAAGGUUUUUCUAACAUCUGAUGCUGUUGUAGUAGACAUAGUAGACAAUAUGGAUAUCAAGUUCAAGCCGAAACUGACGAGAAAGAAAAUACAAAGCUUAACGAAGUCAUUCUUCCCUAAAAAAUUAUUUCCCAGAUUCAGUAAAUGAUGCACGAGAUUCGAUUCUUCAGUCCACUGUAUUCUACUAACAUUCAAAGAUGCUUCAAUGCAAAGCAUUACUAGAUCAUUCAGGUAUUUCAGCAUUAACUUACAAUUUACUGAAUAAUGUUGAGUGGCUUUCUCAAGUAGCUGCCAUUAUUCAGUUCAUCCAUGCCAAUUUUUAACCAAUCUGGUUUUCAGUUCCCUUCUCUUCUAGUAGCUAGCUUCCAUCCAAGAACUAUGGAGUUCCUUCGCUGAUUUGCUCAUGUAAAGAAGGCUUGUUUAAAGUGGUAAUGGUGCAAAGUUAAGGAGAUGGUCUUGAGUGAUGUAGGCUGAGGCUAUGAAGAAAAGUUGGGCGAGUGUUGGUCGUGUAAAAAUGCCUGAAAAAUAUGUAUAUUUUUUGGACAAAGUCAAAACACUUAUGCAUUUAUAAACCAGUAUUUUUCAAUCUAUCAUAUCUUUUCUUUUAA